GGCAGACUCAUGCAUACAGUGCUCUCAUACCCCAUCACAUCUCACAUUGGCUUCCUAGACUGACAAUUCACUAGGGACAGUUUGAAAAUGGAGGCAGUCAUGGAUGCCAUGCAGGGCUAUGGGGUGAGCACCACUAAUUACCUUCAGACCAACUAUAAGGACGCCCAGGGUUUGUUCCUGUGGGUGUCCUGGGCUGCUGACCUCCGGAACACCUUCUUCAUCUUCUUCCCUCUCUGGUUCCACCUGCGGGAGUCAGUGGGCAUCAAGCUCAUUUGGGUGGCAGUGAUCGGAGACUGGCUCAACCUGGUCUUCAAGUGGAUUCUGUUUGGCGAGAGGCCGUAUUGGUGGGUCCAUGAAACACCUUACUACAGCAAUACCACUGCACCUCACAUUGAACAGUACCCCAUGACCUGUGAAACUGGCCCAGGCAGUCCCUCUGGCCACGCUAUGGGAGCUGCAGGCGUCUACUACACACUGGUCACCUCCAUUCUAGCCAUCACGCUGACCAAGAAUAAGACGAGAUCUUCCUCUAAGGGCCUGUAUCUACGGGGCACUCUGUGGGCGUUCUUCUGGGCGGUCCAGGUCUGUGUCUGUCUCUCCAGAGUCUUCAUUGCUGCCCACUUCCCCCAUCAAGUCAUCUGUGGAGUAAUCACAGGUAUGGUUGUGGCCGAGGCCUUCAACAGAACCCAGUGGAUCUACGGAGCCAGUCUGAAGAAGUACUUCUACACCACCCUCUUUCUGCUCUCCUUCGCUGUGGGCUUCUACGUGCUGCUGAAGGCUCUAGGCGUGGACCUGCUGUGGACCCUGGAGAAAGCCCAGAAGUGGUGUGUGAGAGCCGAGUGGGUCCACAUGGACUCCACUCCCUUCGCCAGCCUCCUGCGUAACAUGGGCACCCUGUUUGGCCUAGGCCUGGGCCUACACUCGCCCCUCUACACCGAGAGCAAGAACAGCAGCAGCUCCACCCUCUUUAGGACAGGAUGUAUCGUCACCUCGCUGCUCCUGCUGCACCUCUUUGACUCGUUCAAGCCCCCCACGCACACUGCCGCCAUCUUCUACCUGCUGUCUUUCUGUAAAAGCGCCACUGUCCCCCUGGCCACCGUCAGCAUCAUCCCCUACUGCGUGUCUGGAGCUCUGAGCGGCGUACAGAGCAAGAAGCAUUUGUGAGGUCGGCGGCGGCCGGCAUGCACAUAGACUUGUGUAUUCAGAUAUGACUCCAGAAUUGAACCGUGCUGUAAUCCUUAAUCAUUCUAUGCAUUGACUUUCUUCCCAAACUGCCCAAGCGAUCAACAAGCCAUUGGGGUCUUUGUCUACCCUACUUUUAUCCAGUCACUCACUGUAAAGGUCUUAUAUUCUUAUCUACACACAGUGUGAACACUAAAAUGAAAGGAUUAUCCAGUGAAUUACUCAGUGGCACUUUAGACACAGUGGUGUGAUUGAAUCAAAACGGAUAAUUUAUAAGUAGUUCAGUGCGAACUCAGGAGUCCAGCAAGUUAAUGUUCCCGUUUUGAAACGAGAUAAAGCCGAAUCAAAUCCAGGAGAAAAUUAGCCCAAAAGCUCUCUCAGGGACUUUAGUGGCCUGCUUUAAAGUGCGUUCUAAGAAUAUGUUAUACAUGAAUAACUUUGUUAAUAUUUGUUUUGUAACUGUAUUUUUCCUGUUUAAUAUAUUUUUUGAAAUUCUGUCAGAUAUUUAUAAUAAAAAUCUUUCAAAUAUA